GCUCGCUCCAGCAACACACCCAAGCUGCAGCUCCAGCUACUUGCAUCAGCUAAUAAGAAGCAAGCAAGGUCUCAGCACCGAGAGCCGAGUCGAUCGAAGCAAUGGCCGCCACCAACAGCUGGACUCUCGAGAUCGCGUCGCCGGUGGCCGCGCCGCGCCUGUUCCGCGCCGCGGUGAUGGACUGGCACACCCUGGCCCCCAAGCUCGUCUCCGACGUCGUCGCCAGCGCCCACCCUGUGGAGGGCGAGGGCGGCGUCGGCAGCGUCAGGCAGUUCAACUUCACCUCUGCCAUGCCGUUCGGGUUCAUGAAGGAGAGACUCGAGUUCCUGGACGCGGACAAGUGCGAGUGCAAGUCCACCCUCGUCGAGGGCGGCGGCAUCGGCGUGGCCAUCGAGACGGCGACGUCGCACAUCAAGGUGGAGCCCACGGCCGACGGCGGGAGCCUGGUGAAGGUGGACUCGACGUACAAGCUGCUGCCGGGGGUGGAGGUGAAGGACGAGAUCGCCAAGGCCAAGGAGUCGGUCACCGCCAUCUUCAAGGCCGCCGAGGCGUUCCUCGUCGCCAACCCGGACGCCUACAACUAAAUCGCUCGAGUGGGAUCAGAUUUCUGAUGUCCAAAUAUGUGCACAAAAAGCUUUGCGUAUUUGUGUCUUGUUUAUUUUAAAAUAAAAGCUGCUCUAAAGCAGCGUGGCUGUGCGGGGGAUGAGAGAGCACCGAGGAGACUGUUAGACUUGAGGAGUCAAAGAGUGUUUUUGCUAUUGUCAUGUAAUGAUUUGGUCUGUCGCUGUUUAUUGUGUAUCAUAUCUUAGUUUUGCAUGGAAAUAAAGUCGUGAUUUAUGAAGUAA